CCCUUGCUGGCAGUGCAAAGUGUCAAAUGACAGCUGAUGAUACUUGAGAGUGCACACACGCACUAAGCCAGAAUAUAUUUUGAUGCGUUUAAUCGAAUAAUCUGUUCAAAGCUGCUUCAUCGCAGACUUAUAUUUGCAAAAAUGCCCUUUUGUGCCCAGGGCUAAAUGAACCUGGCUUUGAAGAUCACUAUCUGUCACCGGUGUCAUGGUUAUGGAAAUGGACUGUCAGUGAAAGACACGGGUCAGUCAUCUUAUCUAGAUUAACUACAGUCAAACAGUCGCGUUCGGGGAGUACACCAUGGCCGAUCACGGUGUUAUUAUUGACGUCAACGCAGGAGAAAGUACCACAGAGGGAGAUUCUGGUAUAGAAAACGGAAAAAAUGACACCAGCAGCGAAAAGGACACUGUUGAUAGUUCACCCAAGCAAGUUCACUUCGAUGGCGAUAUAUAUGCACAGAAAUCUACUCAGGAAUCCGAUGCAACUGUGAACGAGGAGAAAUUGUUGCUUGCAGGGACACUUGUGUUAGAUGCCAAACGAGGUCGGAACAUGGAAUUCAAAACUGACCACAAUCAUGUGAAAGCGUAUAUAUUGUACCACAAGUUCUACUUGCGAUGGCUGCUGUACUUCUUCAUCAUCAUUGACCUUGCCCUUGCCCUGGUAGAACACCCUGCUGUCCCUGGCUGGCUGGCGCCGUACUGGGCUACAAUGAUCGUCGAGGGUCUCUGUAUGGCAUACUUCACUUUUCGUAUCUGCCAUUGCGCCUAUGUCACAAACAAGUUCUGGAAGGAUACCAAGAACAUCAUGGUCAUCGGUUGUAUUGUGCUCACCAUGCUAGAUAUAAUCUGUUUUAUUGUGUGGCAAAACCUGGUCACUCCACCCACCCGUGCCAUUCGGUGGUCAAGGUCGCUCAGGCCAUUCUUCAUUGUAAACUUCUCAGACGGGAAGCAGAUCCGUCGAGCUUUUCGCAACAUCCGACGAACUGUGCCAGACAUCCUCAACGUGCUGGUCCUGUUCAUCCUCAGCGUGUUUCUCUUCGCUCUGCUGGCUCUGAAACUGUUCUACAAGAGGAAGAACCUGGUUUAUCCUAACGGAGAUGCUUACUUUAAGAACUACUUUGACUGUGUGUGGGAUCUGUAUGUUCUCGUCACAACCGCCAACAACCCUGAUGUCAUGAUGCCAGCCUAUGACUACAACAACUUCUUCGCAGUGUUCUUCAUCAUCUACCUCAUCAUCUGCCUCUACAUCUUCAUGAGCAUCGUCCUGGCAGCCAUCUACAACAACUACAAGAAGAACCUUAAGAAUGAGGUACGCAUGUCAGUUUAUGGCAAACGGCGUCGGUUGGCCAAAGCAUUUGAGCUGCUGAAAGUGCGUCAGAGUGGAGAGUAUGUAAUAACCAAGGCAUGCUGGAUCAAACUGAUGGGGAUCGUGCUACCCACCAAGAGUGCCGCACACCUCGAGGUCAUGAUGAGGGUACUAGAUGUCGGGGGCAACCAAUGUAUACGUAAGAAGCACUUCAUGGGACUGGCUGACCUUCUUCAGGUGGAGCUCAGCGAGGUCAAGGACAGACAGACUUUGAUAGAGAAAUAUUUCCCUAAAGUCUAUAACUCCUACGCCAGUGUGAUGCUGAAGAUGGUCGUCAGACACAAAUUUUUCCGUUAUUCUUUUGAUUUUCUGAUUUUCGUCAAUGCUUUCUUCAUCGCCUUUGACAUUGAUGAUGCGGACUGGUUCUUCCUGUCGAUGUUCAUGGCGGAAAUAUUUCUGAAACUCUAUACAUUUGGUGCCAAAGAGUUUUUCUUGCGCUUCUGGAAUAUAUUUGAUUUUUUUGUGAUAGCUGCCUGUGUGAUAGCUUCUGCUGUGGAGGUGAUUAUCGGAGCAUCGUCAGAUGAGUUCCGUACACUGGAUGUUCUCCUUGUCCUCCGUGUGAUGAGAUUAAUCAAACUGUUCGGCAGCAUACAGAGGUUUAAAGUCAUCAUUAUGACCAUCGUCAACAUCGGACCUUCCAUCCUGACUUAUGGCGGCGUCAUACUGGUGUUCUACUACUUCUAUGCCAUUAUUGGUAUGGAAAUCUUCAACAACAAGAUACAAUACUUUGGCUACAAUGAGUCAAUGCAACUGGAAAAUCACAGAUAUUGUGGCAACCCUGCUCUGAAGGGCUCCCUGUUCUACAAGUCACAAUACUGCAGCAACAACUUCAACGAUCUGCUCAAGUCCAUUGUGUUGCUGUUUGAAUUGACAGUAGUCAAUCAAUGGCAUGUGCUAACAUCAGGGUUUGUGUUGGUAACCAACAAGGCAGCCAGGAUCUAUUUCUUUCUCUUCCAUCUCACGUGUGUUGUGCUGGUGCUCAAUAUUUUCACAGCGUUCAUCCUAGAAGCGUUCAUCCUUGAGUAUUCCCUGCAGAAGGUGCCCAAACUAGAGUCGCAAGUUGAGGCCAAGAUCAAGGAAAUGGGCCUGGGCAUUGGCAGCAAAAAGCCAAACAAAACAACUUCGACGUCAGUAGAUUCCUUAGAACUCGUGGAAAAUGAAGUACCACCAGACCGAAGAGAGGAUGACAAGGGAAAUGACUCUGACACUGACAGUAUCCCAGACAUGUCACAGGAAACAGGGCUCAAGUUUCACCUCAAGAAGAAAAGUCGCAAGAAGGUGGAGGUGUUGCUGAUGCAGAUGUUCGAGGGAGAGAUCGAAGAUGAUGAUGAGGGCCCAGAGCUGGAUGAGCAGUACUUUUCUACACGCAGGCCAACACUCGAGUCAGUCACAUGACAGGCUUGACAACACACAUCGACCCUGUAAUCUGCUCACCCAUCUCACACUCCCAGCAUUCCCAGUUUCAUUCCCAGUUUCAUUCCCAGAAUGCACUAGUGGCCGUUGAGUUAUCACUUAUGUCAAUCAUCUUGUCAAGUUUCACUGCACUCUUAGUUCUGUCAGCCAUGUAGCGCUUAGGAUUUCCCAACUGUAACUGAAAUACUGUUCAUAGUGACAUUAAACAACUCACUCAUAACUUUUGAACCAAGGUCUUAGAAAGAGUAUCUAAGCACUUACCAUAUUUUGACCAUAAUGUUGAUCAUAUGAUUGAUCGUAUUUCCCUGUUAAAGGCGACUGAUGAUCACUGCAGUGACCUUGGACCCAAUUGAUUAUGGAUGAUCACUGCAGUGAAACCUCGUGACCUUGGACCCCAUUGAUUAUGAGUGAUCACUGCAGUGAAACCUCGUGACCUUGGACCCCAUUGAUUAUGAAUGAUCACUGCAGUGAAACCUCAGGAGCUUGGACCCCAUUGAUUAUGAAUGAACACUGCAGUGAAACCUCAUGACCUUGGACCCCAUUGAUUAUGAAUGAUCACUGCAGUGAAACCUCGUGACCUUGGACCCCAUUGAUUAUGAAUGAUCACUGCAGUAAAACCUCAUGACCUUGGACCCCAUUGAUUAUGAAUGAACACUGCAGUGAAACCUCAUGACCUUGGACCCCAUUGAUUAUGAAUGAUCACUGCAGUGAAACCUCGUGACCUUGGACCCCAUUGAUUAUGAAUGAUCACUGCAGUAAAACCUCAUGACCUUGGACCCCAUUGAUUAUGAAUGAACACUGCAGUGAAACCUCAUGACCUUGGACCCCAUUGAUUAUGAAUGAUCACUGCAGUUAAACCUCGCGAGCUUGGACCCCAUUGAUUAUGAAUGAUCACUGCAGUAAAACCUCAUGACCUUGGACCCCAUUGAUUAUGAAUGAACACUGCAGUGAAACCUCAUGACCUUGGACCCCAUUGAUUAUGAAUGAUCACUGCAGUUAAACCUCGCGAGCUUGGACCCCAUUGAUUAUGAAUGAACACUGCUGGGAAUGCUGACAUGCAUACAAUGUGAAAUUGCUGCAUACUCAUCAUUUGUGAUGUGUAAAUAGCUGAAAUAUUUCUGAUGCAAAGUUAAGCUAUAUUCACUCACUCACCCAUCAUUUGUUUAUUCAAAAAAUUGUAAAACCAGAUGAUUUCAGCAAAAAUUCUACCAUAGGGACAAAUAGGUUUCACUGUAUAUAUAUGAUAUCACUCAUUUAAGAAUUGAUCUCAAUAAUUUUGGCAUUGAUGAGGAAAGAAGUAAAACUUGGUGUGCACAUUGCACCACAGAUUUAUGCAAAGUCUGCACAACGGUUUUCACAUUUAUACCUCCAUAAAUGCACACAAAAAUUUAUGGGAAUUCUUUUAAGUAAAUAGUCAAAAUGAUAACUUCAGACUACAUAUUUAAUCAUAAUCACAAAAAAACAAUGAUAUGAAAUCAGUGACAUGAGGAAACAGUGGUCCGCUAGUGGGCAAGGCCUAUCAUAUUUUUAAGUUUAGCCAAUGAAAUGCCAUGGAAUUCCUUGCAAUUCAUUUAUUCUGGUUUGAACUCUUGCAAGCACACACAGUGUCGGACAGAGUGGGGAGUUCAAACCAUGGUUUGUUGUACUUCAAUUACCUGUACCUGCCUACUGAGUGAAAUAUAUAUCCUGAACUUUGAAUGGGUGUUAUUGCAUCUUAAGAUAUUUACAGAUUGGCAUUCUUAAUCUGUUGUGAGUUUCUAUGUUGUGAUUGUGUCUUCCUCCUGCUGAACACAGGCUGCUCCUGAGAUCAAUGCUUCUGUGUGAAGUGACUUCCAUUGCCAGUGAAUUCUGAUACUUAUACAGACUGAAAGAUAUACAUACAUGAUUGCAAGUGAUGAAUAUUUAAUAUAUAGGCAUAUUUUGAAAAGAGGAACACCGAGUGCACACUCAUGGUCAUUCAAGACCAACGCAUCUUUGAAAGGCAUUUAGAAGUGAUACACAUAAGGAGGAGAAUUUAAGGAUGUCAACUUCUUAUAUUAUGAGGAACACAACGUUUCAGUGUAUAUGCUUACUCCUUCAUCAGUGUUCCUCAUAAUAAAGAAUUGCAAUCCAUAAAUUCUCUUCCUAGAGACCAACAUGUUCAGCUUAACCAACACAGCACACAUAACUUAAGUAUUUAGAUAUCUUUUCAUUUGUUCAAAUAUAUUUGAAGAAUGUUUGUAAACCAAGAAAUAUAAAAUGUCUGGCAUAAAGGAACAUGAUCAAAAUGCUGAAAAAAAUGGAAUAUGUGUUGCUUACAUUCUCCAACUGUGAUGGCAAAAAGGUGGAUGUUAGUCACGUUACCAGCAUGUCUAAACACAUUGUGCAGUACAUGUCCUGGGGAAAUGGCCAUUUGUGAGAGGAAAGUUUUACUUUCACGAGUAUCUCUGUUUGGGGCAUUCUACUUUGAUGAACUUUGGUAUAUGUCUUUAAAUGUGUACUUUCAUAUGGUUUUUAUUGUCUUGUAGAUUGAAAUAAUGAUCCAAACUUGUUUAUGCUGUUGAAAAUUGUCAGGCCAUUUGAAGAUAGAAUAAAAUCAUUGAUAAUUAA